CCUACUUGUACAAGAAUUUACCUCGAAAUACUUGUCAAUAUUAAGUUUGUUAGGGAUCAAGAAAAACUUUUAUUUUCCUUCUUCAAGGUUGAAGCAUGGCAAAGAUUGAUGAUAUCCGAGAAGAUCAAGAAAUUUCCAAAAUGGAAGAAGGCAUCCAUGCAGCCAAUAUCUAUACGUCCCAGCCUAACACUACAAGCAUAGGAUUUUGUUUAUCACCUUCGGUUGUUGUUGUUGCACAAAAGUUGAUUGCAGAGGCAAUAGGCACGUACUUCAUUAUAUUUGCAGGAUGUGGUUCAGUUGCAGUAAAUAAGCUAUACGAUGGGAGUAUUACGUUUCCAGGAAUAUGUGUGACAUGGGGUCUAAUUGUGAUGGUGAUGAUUUACUCCGUGGGACACGUAUCAGGGGGUCAUUUUAAUCCAGCAGUCACUAUCACUUUCACCAUUUUUCGUCGAUUUUCAUGGAAACUAGCACCUUUAUACAUAAUAGCUCAGCUAACGGGGUCGAUUCUAGCAAGCUGUACAUUAGCACUAUUGUUGGACGUCAAUUCAAAAUCUUAUUUCGGUACAAUUCCAGUUGGAUCUAAUGGGCAAUCUUUGGCUAUGGAAAUCAUCAUUUCCUUCCUCCUAAUGUUCGUUGUUUGCGGAGUUUGUACAGAUGAUAGAGCGGUAGGACAACUUGGUGGAUUGGCAGUUGGAAUGACAAUAACCUUGAACGUCUUUGUUGCCGGGCCAAUUUCGGGAGCAUCGAUGAACCCAGCAAGGAGCAUUGGUCCAGCGAUUGUGAAGCAAGUUUAUAAAGGCCUUUGGGUGUAUAUAGUUGGGCCAGUUAUUGGUACUGUAGCAGGAGCAUUUGUAUACAACUUAGUUAGAUUUACAGAUAAACCACUUCUUCGACUAGUCGAAAGUGGGCCCCUUAUUCGAAGUUCAGAGUGUUAAAUAAUUCAAAUUAAACAAGCUUUUAGAUUACAAAGUGAAAGUAUAUGUCAUUUUUUGAAAUCUCUUA